UCACUAACGAUCAUCAGAUAUGAGUACGUCAAGGACUUCGAGCAGCCAGACACACUGCUUCCCAAUACGUGGAUUGUGGUCCGCAUCGACGGAAGAGGAUUUCACAAGCAAGCUUUCCCUCAUCCAUCUCUUACAGAUACCUUAUAUCUGACUGGAUCAUCUAGGCUCUCGGAUCACUAUGCCUUUGUGAAGCCCAAUGACCGCGCGGCACUCGACCUGAUGAAUGCAGCCGCGGUCGAGGUAAUGAAAGAGCUGCCGGAUUUAUGCAUUGCCUAUGGCGUCAGUGACGAGUACAGUUUCGUUUUUCACCCUAGCUGCCAGCUCUUUGAGCGACGGAGUGCAAAACUCGUCACUACCAUUGUGUCGACAUUCACAGCACACUAUAUUCUUCAGUGGGGAAAACAUUUCCCAACCAAGCCUCUCGAAUCACCGUAUUUGCCUUCUUUCGAUGGACGCGCGGUUCUCUACCCAUCCUCGCGGAUUCUGCGGGAUUACAUGAGCUGGCGACAGGUCGAUUGUCAUAUUAACAAUCUCUACAAUACGACCUUUUGGACAAUGGUCUUGCAGGGCGGAAUGUCCAACACAGAUGCAGAGCAAGAGUUAAAGGGCACCGUAUCCGCCGAUAAAAACGAGAUCCUCUUCAAACGAUUUGGGAUCAACUACAAUAACGAAGAAGAGAUUUAUAAGAAGGGAAGUGUACUUUAUCGCCAGUAUGAACUUGAAGAAUCCAAGGCGACACAGGCAUCUCCUGAGGACCAUGAUGAUUCGAUGCUCGGCGCCAAACAGUCCAGGUCACAGCAAGACAAGCUCAAGAAAUUGCGGCGCAAGGCACAGGUCGUGGUUGAUCACGUCGAUAUCAUCAAAGAUGAUUUCUGGGAGCGGCGGCCGUGGAUCCUGUCUGGAAAGCCAGGAAAGCUACCUUUACAAAGCUGA